AUGUCCUUCGCUUCGACACCGCGCGUGCUUCUACGUGGUGCUGCCCAGACCCGGCCCGUUCGAACGUUUCAGCGUAGCAUCUCCAACAAAACAUAUACUUUGAACAACGGAACUAAGCUUCCUGCUAUCGGAUUCGGCACCUUUCAGGACAAGGAGCAACAAGAAAGUGCAGUAUAUAAUGCACUCAACGCUGGCUUCAAGCACAUUGAUACGGCAAAGGUUUACGACACCGAAGAAUUCAUUGGGAGAGCGAUUCGUAAAGCUGGCGUGGCCCGCAAAGACCUGUUCCUUACCACCAAGCUCUGGUGUAACAGUUUUCACCCGGACGAUGUGGAGCCCGCCCUCGAUGAGGCGCUCAGCAAGCUCGACACACCAUAUAUUGACCUGUUUCUCAUGCACUACCCGUGCACGUUCAAGAGGGGUGAUGAGCGCUUUCCCAAGGGCAGUGAUGGGGUAAUGCAAAUGGGAGACACUACCUACGUCGAUACAUGGAAGGCUAUGGAGCAACUAGUGAGAAAGGGAAAGGCGAAAGCUAUCGGUGUGUCGAAUUUCAGCAAGAGCGAAGUGCAAAAUCUUCUGGACAAUGGUUCUGUUGUUCCUGCCGUACAUCAGAUGGAACUCCAUCCCUAUCUUCAGCAAAAGGACUUCGUCUCAUGGCAAAAGUCAAAAGGCAUCCACAUGAUGCAAUUCAGCCCUCUCGGCAACCAGAAUAAUUUCUAUCGCGACAUCUACUGGGCAUCUGGCAAGGCCGAUAGUAUUCGACUUAUAGAUGAGCCCAUAUUGAAGGAGAUUGGGAAGAAAUACGGCAAGAGCCCCGCUCAAGUCGCGCUGGCCUGGGGACUUGCCAAUGGCCGCUCCGUAAUCUCCAAGAGCGUCAUCGAUUGGCAAAUCAAACAGAACCUCGAAAGCGACUUUCCUCUAGACGCCGAGGAUAUGGAUAAGAUUGCUACGUUGGACAAGAAGCUCCGACUCAACGACCCGAGCUCUGCUUACAACUGGAAACUAUAUAGCGAUCUUGAGGGUGCUUGGUCAACAUAA